ACUGGGGAGACACAGAUCCCCUACCACAAGAUGUUUUUCCCAUUGCUAGGACUCUGAAGUCAUGCUAGGGUGCCAGGAUCCCAAGCUAUUCAGAGACAUGUGAGCUGCUUGCUAAAAUUGAGUUGUGAUCUUCCUUAUUUGAUAUAAGUUUUACCUGCUCUUUCAGAUGAAUCCAUCUUAUUUUCUUCUGCACUUUAUUUAUUGGUUUAACUUCAGCCCUUUAUUUUUAUGAUCUUCACCAUGCUAUUUUUCAAGAUCUCAGUGAAUCUCUGCUUCAUCAUGUGUCUUGAUUUUAGGAAUAAAUGUAGAUAUCUUCACAAAUUGUUUUGUACAAUGGAACAAAUCAAUACAGUAUGCUCACAUAGGUACAGACACAUUCUCCUUAGACAAAAUUUACACAUAAGUCAUCCAUAACCCCUUCAACUUUUUUUAUGUUUAUUUAUUUUUGAACGAAAGAGAGUGUGGGGAGGAACAGAGUGAUCUGGGGACAGAGGAUCCUAAGUGGCCCCAUGUUGACAGUGGAGAGCCCAAUGUGGGGCUGGAACUCACAAACCCUGAGAUCAUGACCUGAGCCAAAGUCCCAACACUUCACCUAUUGAGCUGCCCAGGCACUCCUAAACUUUCUUUUUUUUAAAUUUUAUUUCUUAAAUUUUAAGUUUAUUUCUUUAUUUUGAGAGAGAGAGCAAGUGCAGGUUAGGGGCAGAGAGACAGAGAAUCCCAUGCAGGCUCCACGCUGUCAGUAUGCCUUAUGCAGGGCUGGAUCCCACCAUCCCUGAGAUCAUGACCUGAGCAGAAAUCAAGAGUCUGAUGCUUAACCCGCUGAACCACCCAGGUGCCCCACCCCUUAAACUGUCUAUUGAAUUUGCAUAGUAAACCAAUUCUAGCUGGUCUAUCACUUAAGUUUAUACUCCUGAAACAUGUGAAUGAAUCUCUUCACCUACUGUAGUGGCAGUGAGUUUGUGUAUAUUCUUUGUUUAGGAAUAGACUGAUAGCAACACCGUUUUCUACUUAAUUUUUCCCCAGAGCACAGAUUAUACAAUAUAAUAGACAAGUCCAUGAGGUCAGAGAAGGUAUUUGUAUUUCCAACACUUAGUACAAUAUUUGACGUAUAACAUGAAAUAAGUGUUUGUUGAACAAAUACAGUUGGCUUUGUUCUUGCCAACAUCCUUUCCUAACGUGCCUGUCACCAUUUCCACAUUUAUAACUUCACAGGAGAAUACAAGUUAUCAUUUUAUUUAUAAACCAUCCCAUGUGUAAUCUGUGGUAUGUUUUUGUGUGUGCAUGUAAAUAAAAUGAGUGUUAUACGUUUUGUAGCAUCGUCAGCAAACUAGGUUUAAGUACAACACAUGGUGGCGCUGUAAGCUAAGGCUGGGAAUACCAGACAGGCGGAUGGUUACUGUCCCUGCAGUUAUACGCAGAUCUAAGAGAAGAGAAUUAACCUUGCGGCAGGGAUCGACUUGCAGAGCAGUUUGCCUAAAGACCCAGUAAGUACCCAGAUUCUAAAGGCUUUUGGCGUUGGAGAAAUGGAGGCUGAAGAGGAGCGUUUUCCUAGACUAAGGCAAGUUCUUCUUCUCUUUGUUUUGCUGGCUCACACUUGCGCGGAGCGGGAAGAUUAUUUUAUUACAGAAGAAACAGAGAGUGGUUCUUUUGUGGCCAAUCUAGCAAAGGAUAUAGGGCUAGGGGCAAGAGAGCUCUCUCGGCGGAGGGCUCGGAUCAUUUUUAACAAUGACAAAAAGCAUUUUCAGCUGAACCUUCAGACUGGAGAUUUACAAGUAAAUGAGAAACUGGAUCGGGAAGAAUUGUGUGGCUCCACUGAACCUUGUGUACUGCAAUUUCAAGUGUUACUGGAAGAACCUUUGGAGGUAUAUAGGUAUAAGCUUUUGGUCACUGACAUAAAUGACAAUUCCCCUGUGUUCCCAGAGGCAGAAAUGAUUUUAAAAAUCAUGGAAAAUACUCUUCCAGGGGCUGUGUUUCCCCUGAAAAAUGCGCAAGAUUUGGAUGUAGGUGUCAAUAAUGUUCAAAACUACACCAUUUAUCCCAACUCCCAUUUCCACGUGCUCACCCGCAACAGCGGUGAAGGCAGAAAAUACCCGGAACUGGUUCUGGACAAAGCCCUAGAUCGAGAACAGCAGCCCGAGUUUAGAUUAACUCUCAUGGCAGUAGAUGGUGGAACUCCUCCCAAAACUGGGACUACCCUGGUCCUCAUUCAUGUUUUGGACAUCAAUGACAAUGCUCCUCAGUUUGUGCAGCCACUCUAUCGUGUGCAGAUCCUGGAAAACAGUCCCCUGGGAUCUCUUAUUGUCACUGUUUCAGCUAGAGAUUUAGACACAGGAAUAAACGGUGAAGUAGUCUAUUCAUUUUUCUAUGGCGAUGAAGAGAUUACUAGGACAUUUGCACUAAAUGAACUCACAGGAGAAAUUAAAAUAAUUAGGAAAUUAGAUUUUGAAAAAAUUAAGUCAUAUGAGCUGGAUAUUAAGGCUUCUGAUGGGGCAGGUCUUUCGGGAAAAUGCACUGUCAUAAUAGAGGUGGUGGAUAUAAAUGACAACACCCCAGAAAUGACGGUGGCUUCCCUUAUAAGUUCCAUCCCUGAAAAUUCCCCUGAGACCACGAUAGCUCUUUUCAGUAUUCAAGACCCAGACUCUGGGGAAAAUGGGAGGAUGGUUUGUUCCAUCCAGGAAGAUGUUCCGUUCACUCUGAAACAUUCUGUUGAAAAUUUCUACAAGUUAGUAACAGAAGGAGUGCUAGACAGAGAGACAAGAUCUGAGUACAACAUCACCAUCACCGUCACCGACUUAGGGACCCCCAGGCUGAAAACGCAGCACAACAUAACCGUGACGGUCUCCGACGUCAACGACAACGCGCCCGCCUUCAGCCAAACCACCUACACCCUGCGCGUCCGCGAGAACAACAGCCCCGCCCUGCACAUCGGCAGCGUGAGCGCCACGGACAGGGACUCGGGCGCCAACGCCCAGGUCACCUACUCGCUGCUGCCGCCCGCGGACCCGCAGCUGCCCCUGGCCUCCCUGGUGUCCAUCAACGCGGACAACGGGCAGCUGUUCGCGCUCAGGUCCCUGGAUUACGAGGCGCUGCAGGCGUUCGAGUUCGGCGUGCGCGCGGCCGACCGCGGCUCGCCCGCGCUCAGCAGCCAGGCGCGGGUGCGCGUGCUGGUGCUGGACGACAACGACAACGCGCCCUUCGUGCUGUACCCGCCGCAGAACGGCUCUGCGCCCUGCACCGAGCUGGUGCUCAGGGCGGCCGAGGCGGGCUACCUGGUGACCAAGGUGGUGGCGGUGGACGGCGACUCGGGCCAGAACGCCUGGCUGUCGUACCAGCUGCUCAAGGCCACGGAGCCCGGGCUGUUCGGCGUGUGGGCGCACAACGGCGAGGUGCGCACGGCCCGGCUGCUGAGCGAGCGCGACGCCGUCAAGCACAGGCUGGUGGUGCUGGUCAAGGACAAUGGCGAGCCGCCGCGCUCGGCCAGCGUCACGCUGCACGUGCUGCUGGUGGACGGCUUCUCGCAGCCCUACCUGCCGCUCCCGGAGGUGGCGGCGGCCGAGGCGCGGGCAGACCCGCUCACCGUCUACUUGGUCGUGGCCUUGGCGUCCGUGUCGUCGCUCUUCCUGUUCUCGGUGCUGGUGUUCGUGGCGGUGCGGCUGUGCAGGCGGAGCCGGGCGGCGUCUGCGGGUUGCUGCUCGGGGCCCGAGGGCCAUUUUCCGGGCCACCUGGUGGACGUCAGCGGCGCGGGGACGCUGUCCCAGAGCUACCAGUACGAGGUGUGCAGGAGAGGAUCUGGGACCAAGGAAUUUAAGUUUUUGAAAUCUAUUGUCUCCAUUGCUCAACAGAAGUCUGUGAAUGAUGUGGAGGAAAACACACAUUUUGUAAAUUUUGGAUUCAAUUACGAAUUUGGAUGAAGUUUCCCUCCAGGAAGAGGACCAUCAGAACCAUGAAAGAGCUGUCUUCUGAAUAUAUGUAUGAAGAGGAUCUGACUGGCACAGCAGGUGUACUGUAAAGACAUGGAGAUGCACCACUAAGAUUCCCCUUCAGAGAAGGACUUGUGUCUGGGAGUGGCAGGAGCACUAUCAGUGGGCAUCCUUCAGCUGUCACACCCAUCCCAGGGUAAGCCACAUCAAGCCACUGAUCAAGGUGGAAAUAUGAAGACCUGGUUAUUUCAGACUAACACAAAACAACUCUAAUGGGCCAUUUUAGCUCCAGAACUCCCUACUUCACUGUCUGCUGAAUCCUGCCUCCAUCACCUCAAUUCCACAGAUAUAAAUCCCAAAGAACUCUCAGCAGACACCCUACACUCAAACUCUAUCUCAAUGUCAGCUUCCUAGAGAUCCCAACUUAGUAACACAGCUUCUGGUUUGUUACUAGACUGUGGUAGAGACUGAACCCCUGACUACUAGAUAUUACCGGAUUCAUCAAACCAUAAAAUUGGUUUCCUGUGUAUCAGCAUUCCAUCUUCAAGUGGAAUAAUACAAGAUCAUACAUGACAAGUUC